AUAGUACGGCGUUGGGGACAGCACUGCGAUAAAACUUGGUUCCACUCAAUGUUCACGGCGCGUAUACGCAUAAGAUCCUGUCCAGGACUCUUCACUUCACACUCUCUCAUCACAUCUUCGUCUCCAAGCAAUUUUGUUUUCCCGUAUCCAAGUACCGCUACAAUGUGCUGCUGCUUCUGCUUCUGGACCUAACUGAUCCUCUGGAUAAAAAGCAAAGCAAUACCCUAGAAAGCCCGCAAAUUAUGGCGCCGUACGCUGACAAGUCCGCCUUCCUCGCCAACGGCCUCAAGCCCUACCACCCUUCACCUCCACACACUCCCCCAGCGUCCCCACCCGCCACCGAAGCGACCUCUGGACCCCUUUUCGGACCGGUAGCUGCAGACACCCCUCCGACUCCACCCCCGGCAUCUCCCACGACCGACCUCCCCUUCAACAUCGUAGUCACAGACACCCCAGCGGACCCAGCAAGUUGUUCUGCCGCGCCCUCGGAAGCCACCUGCCCCAUCUGCCUCGACCCCCUCUCACUCACGCUCUCCGCAGUCCGCAUCCGCGCGUGCACACACGCUUACCACGAAGCAUGCCUCUCACUGUGGGUCGACAGGCGAAACACAUGCCCUGCGUGUCGGUCCGAGCUCUUCACUGCGCCACCUCGUCCGCGACAAAGAGCACAGCCAGGCUCGAUAACGGCGGCCGAUCUUCCACCUCGGCGUCCGAGAGCAGAGGCGAGGCGCCCGGCAUCGAGACGUUGGACGUCUGCGGUGAAGAGGCCGAGGGCCGGGCAUUGGGGCGAGAAUGGCGAUUGGGUGGAGGUCAGGGCGGAUAUGCCAGGUCCUCUGGACGACACGCCGCCGGCGCGGAGAGCGGGAGUCACCCGAAUGAGCUUGCAUCCGGGCGCGAGUGAGGGCGCGGGGCGACAGGGGGGAAGGUUCAUACCGGGGAGGCGGAGGGGGCCGCGAGGUUCCGGGAGGGAUGUUUCGCCUGAGGAGGUAGAAGAUGGGACGGGGAGUGCCGGAUGGACAGGUCAGAGCAGUAGGGCUACACUAUGGUAGUGGUUGUGAUGUAAGUCAGUCUGCUAGGAGGUAUGUGCGCGCAAUGGGAAAUAUGUAGUGUCUUUGUUUAGGUUGGUCAUAUGUUAUUUGUACAUCUAGUCUAUUCUCACAUCAUCUAUUCUACAUAGUGUGACAGUAUGGACGGGAUGAACUCGCGUCUACACACCCUAGCACGUAACCUGGAACCUCACAGCCUC